GCCACGCCGAGGGCAGCGGCGGCAGAGGAUGGAGGCCCACAUGAACCUCCUGCACGACGCGGGCAUCAGGACAACACACUGGCUGCAGCAGCGCUUCCAGGGCUCCCAGGACUGGUUCCUCUUCAUCUCCUACGCUGCCGAUCUCAGGAAUGCUUUUUUUGUCCUCUUCCCCAUCUGGUUCCACUUCAGCGAAGCAGUGGGCAUCAGGCUCAUCUGGGUGGCUGUGAUCGGGGACUGGCUCAACCUCGUCUUCAAGUGGAUCCUCUUUGGGGAGAGGCCAUACUGGUGGGUCCUUGACACAGACUAUUAUGGCAACAGCUCUGCUCCAGAGAUCCAGCAGUUCCCGCUCACCUGUGAGACUGGCCCCGGGAGCCCAUCUGGCCAUGCCAUGGGUGCAGCAGGCGUGUACUACGUCAUGGUGACGGCCCUCCUCUCUGCUGCUGGGGGAGAGAAGCAGUCCAAGACACUCGGAUACUGGGUGCUGUGGACGGUGCUUUGGAUUGGGUUCUGGGCCGUUCAGGUCUGUGUCUGCAUGUCCCGAGUCUUCAUUGCUGCUCACUUCCCCCACCAGGUGAUCGCAGGGGUUUUCUCAGGGAUGGCUGUGGCCAAGACCUUCCACCAUGUCCACUGCAUCUACCACGCCAGCUUCCAUCGGUACCUGGGCAUCACCAUCUUCCUCUUCAGCUUCACCCUGGGUUUCUACCUGCUGCUGUGGACAUUCGGCGUGGACCUGCUCUGGACUCUGGAGAAGGCACAGAAGUGGUGCAGCCGCCCUGAGUGGGUCCACAUUGACACCACUCCUUUCGCCAGCCUCCUCCGUAACCUGGGCAUCCUCUUUGGGCUGGGGCUGGCCCUCAACUCCCACAUGUACCAGGAGAGCUCCCGGUUAAAGCAGGGCCAGCAGCUGCCCCUCCGCCUGGGCUGCAUCGCUGCCUCCCUCCUCAUCCUCCACAUCUUCGACGCCUUCAAGCCGCCCUCCCACACGCAGCUGCUCUUCUACGCCCUCUCCUUCUGCAAGAGCGCGGCCGUGCCGCUGGCUACUGUCGGCCUCAUCCCCUACUGCCUCUCCCAGCUCCUGGCCACACAGGACAAAAAGGCUGCCUAAGGCAGGCAGACACCCCAGCCUGGGCUCAGGGGCAGCUUCCAGGCCCUGGGUGCACCUCAGCCACCGUUUGCUUCCCGCUGAAGCUGCACAGGCUGGUUCUGCACCGGGAGCCGACCACGGAGCCUGGGCCAGUGGUGCUGCUGGGAGGCUCCCACAACACGGACCCACAGCGUCAGUCACGCUGCUCUGCAGCUGGCUGAUGGCACAGAGAGCUCUGCGUGCCCGGGGCUCCCCUGCUGUCCCUCCCGCACCCACGGGUGGGGGUGGCUUGCCCAGGACCCAGCAGCAGCGGCGGGAGGUCCUGCACUCCCUUGCAGCUCGUGGGGACAAGGCCACCUCCACGCUGCAGGGCUGGGGACAGCGGCACCGGGAGCAGGGCUCUCACCUCAGCGCGUCUGGGGUCUGCUGAAGAGGCAGCUCUGUGACAGGAAUGGGCAGACACUGUGCCAUGGAGAUAAAGUGCCAGUGUGAGGGAUCCCCCCAGCCCUGGGACGUUUGGUGCUCACCUCUGCGGGAUGCAGUGUGGGGUGCACACACGCCCACGAGCGUACAGAACGUGUACCUGUGCACACACGACGUGGGGUGGGGCUGUGCACAGGAGGUGUUUUGUUUUAUUAAAGCUGAAGGUUGUUUA